GUGUGUGUGUGAACGCCCUCGGGAGGCUGCGAGCAUCGGCUGUGACUUAAGUCUUACCGUGGGGGCGCUCUGGCGCCCGCCUGCCCGCUGGUCUCCGAUGCCGGACAGUGUUCCACCUGCUUUGACUGGCCCUGUUCCCCGGCUAUGGCACCGCUAUUGACUGGUGGUCCUCGUUCCCCAAGAACGCUAACACGGGAGCUGUCCUCUGAGGCGCUGGAGGAUUUUAUUCUUCACAUGGCUUUACCCUGCCAGUAAGCUCCAGGGACCCUCCAUUCCCCAUAGCCAGGAAAAUGUGAUGCACUACAGGUGAUCAGCAUAGCUCACCACUUGGUGUUCCAGCCACAAGUGACAGACCCAGGGCGGGCGGAGGAGUGUGAGCAAGCAGAGGCCCACAGGAAUGGCUGACCAAAGAGGAGAGGCUGCAGGAAAAGCAGGUCAGACCAAAGGAUCCAACAAAGAAGAGGAGCCUCCAGCUGCUUCAUCUCAUGGCCAGGGGUGGCGUCCAUGUGGCAGAGCAGCCAAGAACUUGAGGCCUGAGCCUGGAACCAGACCCCCUGCCUUCACCGCCAUGGCCAACGAGCCGUUGCUACCCGCCUUCCUGUGGGUCCAGGAGGUGGGCCAUGUGCUGGCGGGCCGUGCCCGCAGGCUGCUACUACAAUUUGGGGUACUCUUCUGCACCAUCCUGCUCCUGCUCUGGGUGUCCGUGUUUCUCUACGGCUCCUUCUACUACUCCUACAUGCCGACGGUCAGCCACCUCAGCCCUGUGCACUUCCACUACAGGACCGACUGCGACUCCUCUUCCCCCUCACUGUGCUCCUUCCCCGUGGCCAAUGUCUCACUGGCAAAGAGUGGACGUGAUCGGGUGCUGAUGUACGGACAGCCGUACCGUGUGACCUUGGAGUUGGAGCUGCCAGAGUCACCUGUGAAUCAAGAUUUGGGCAUGUUCCUGGUCACCGUGUCCUGCUACACCAGGGGCGGCCGAGUCAUCUCCACUUCCUCGCGCUCCGUGAUGUUGCAUUAUCGCUCCGAGCUGCUCCAGAUGCUGGACACGCUGGUCUUCUCCAGCCUCCUGCUGUUUGGCUUUGCCGAACAGAAGCAGCUGCUAGAGGUGGAGCUGUACGCCGACUACAGAGAGAACUCGUACGUGCCGACCACCGGCGCUGUCAUCGAGAUCCACAGCAAACGCAUCCAGCUGUACGGCGCCUACCUCCGCAUCCACGCCCAUUUCACUGGGCUCAGGUACUUGCUGUAUAACUUUCCGAUGACCUGCGCCUUUGUGGGGGUUGCCAGCAACUUCACCUUUCUCAGCGUCAUCGUGCUCUUCAGCUACAUGCAGUGGGUGUGGGGCGGCAUCUGGCCCCGACACCGCCUCUCCUUGCAGGUUAACGUCCGAAAAAGGGAUGGUUCCCAAAAGGAAGUCCAGCAGCGGGUCUGUGCGCAUCUGACAGGGCCCGGAGGCCAAGAGGAGUCCGCCCCACUGUCGGAUGUGACAGAGGAGGGCGAGGACCCCUCUGGGACAGAGGGCCAGCUGUCCGAGGAAGAGAAAGCAGAGCCACCUCCGGUGAAUGGAGAGGAGGAGCUGGAGCCCGAGGCCAGCGACGGUUCAGGGUCCUGGGAAGAUGCGGCUCUGCUGACCGAGGCCAACCUGCCUGCCCCUGCCCCGGAGACCCUGGGCAGCUCCGAAGCCUUGGGGGGCACCCUGCGCCAGCGCCCCACCUGCUCCAGUUCCUAGAAAGGAGGGCAGAUGCCUCACAUUCCAGCACCUUCCCACCUGAGCACCGCCCCCUGGUUCUCUCCCGGAAUAAACUAUUUUAUGCCAGCUGC